UUUUAUGUUCAAUACGGGUCAGUUGUAUAUUGGACAUUAGCUUCGGGUAUAAAUAGUUUUGAGUGUCGUACGGGGUUUGUUUUGGGAUUGUAAUGUGCAGUAUGAAGAUGUUGGGUUGUUUCUGCGCUGUAAUACUGUUCUCACUGUUCAGUUCUGAGUUAGUCGAGUCGAAAUUUAAACCGCGAACAACCGAUAAGGACUUAAGUAAUUCACCACAUACCCAUGAAGGUGAACACAGUGCAGCAUAUGAUCAUGAUGCAUUUCUGGGGAGAGACGAGGCCAAGAGAUUCGAUGAUCUAACACCGGAAGAAAGCAAACAAAAACUGGGUGAGAUUGUGGACAAAAUUGAUUUAAAUAAUGAUGGUCAAAUCACUUCCGAAGAAAUGACUGUAUGGAUUAACAAAGUAUCCAGAAAAAUGCUCCUUGAUGAUGUUGAUCGCGCUUGGAAAGAUUUUGAAUUGCUAGACGAAGACAAGUUGCCUUGGGAGAAACAUGUUGACGAGCUGUUUGGUGAAGACGGAGAUUUAGAGGAUGAAGAUGAUGAAACAAAGAAAGCCUAUUCUGAAAAAGACAAGAGGCGUUGGAUGGCUGCCGAUGCAGACGGAGAUGGGAAGCUAUCAAAACUAGAAUACUUAGCAUUCCUUCAUCCAGAGCAUGAACCAAAAAUGCGAGAUGUCGUUAUAAAGGUUAGCCCUGUGACAAACUAUAAAAACAACUUUUAUUUACUCCGCAAUUAUACGCUUACUCAAAAAUACCCUAUAUUCACUUGCGAAUAAUCCCAUAACAUUCAGGUUAUUUGGAGCAGUGUAUGCUCUGUGGAUUAUGGUGAUUUUAUUUAGACCGUAAUUUAUGUUUUUUAUUAGCCUAAAAAUCCAUGUUGGACCUACUUCAGCCUAUCACACUUCAUGGAGAAGUGUAGACCUCCCAACCUGGAUUUCCCAUCAAAUACAGACCUAAAUAAUGCUUUCCAGUUGCUAUCCGUUCAUUUGAUAUCCACUUCCAAUUUCUAACGCAGCGUGAUCCUUGGUCUUCUUUUUGUCCCUCUUCACGAUCCCUAAUUAGUGCUUGUUUAGUGUACUAUCCAUCUCAAACGUCGUUUUUUAAUUUCCUCUCCAACUAGAAGCUGGUUCGUCCUCUGCUACAGUAGGUUAUUGCUGAUGGCAUCUGGUCAACGAACAUUGAGUACCUUGCGUAAAACAUUGUUUAUAAAUAAAUAAAAAUGAUAAACUUAUGCAGAAACUGCUGCUACUCUGCAUGUCUCGACCCUCAUUUGUUGAUGUGUAUGGGAUAGGAAAGCUAGGUUAUCUUUGAAGUCCAAAUCGUCUAGUUGCCUCUAAGCUGUCCAUUAUUUUCCAUGCUUCACCUGAAAUGUGGCGGUCUCUUCACAAUCCACCGAUCACGAGAAGACAGAGAAGGGGCGAGAGGAAGCAGCCUUGUCUGACGCUGAUCUUCACUUGGAAUGAGUGCCAGCCAUCAUCUAUGCACGACUUAGCAGUGUAGUCCGUCGUAUGAAUUCUGUUUGGUACUGACGGUUUUUCAUGUUAAUUUCUUCCUUGUGUCAUAUGGUUGUUUGAUAUUUCUUUCUCUUGCUGCCUUUCACACUGUCAUUGCUAGGUAUUCUACGUAUUUCUGCUUGUUGGCCGUAAUGCUCCUCUUCACCCUCUUGUUUAUUUUUGUGUACUCGGUCUGUGACAUGGUUUCCUCUGCUCUUGUUCGACUGUUGUUAAUUGCUGUCUUCUUCUUCAUCCUCACUUGAGUCUUGGCAAUGGUUUCGACCGAGAUGCAUUACUUAUGAUGAUGCUUCUUACGGUCUAGAAUCUUAUGACACGUUGAAGUUAGUGCUUUUCUGAUCCCUUUCCAGUUCUCCAUAGUAGUUUCUUCUUCUUUUAGUAGAUCAUGUAAGGCUUGAAACCCGUUUCUCAGAGCUAUCUUGAAUUCAUUGAGUUUGUCAGUAUAUCGAAGAAAGGCUAUACAGAAUUUGUUUAAUGCUGAGUCUCCAGUUGUCCAGUGCUUCUUUAGCUUCAAUUCCUUGUUGGUCACAAUCAGGUGGUGGUGAUUCGAAGGUAUGUCUGCUUCUCUCCUGGUUCUUCCAUUUAUCUUCUGGAUGUUUUAGUGAUGCAAAUAUGAUCGAUCUAAUUCUCUGUAGUGAGAUUCAUGUAACUUUGUGUAUGAGUUUGUGUGGGAAUAUUGUCACCUUACACCGUUUUGUUGAAUGCACAUAAAUUUGCAAAUCCUUCGUCAUUCUCAUUCCUUUCUCUUAAUCAGUUCAUGUUGUCUCAUUAUAUCUUCCUACUUGCUAUUGUCCAUUCGGACUUUGGCGUUAAGGUCUCCCAUCAGGAUGGUCAGGUCCUUUCUUGGGCACUUCUCUAUGGCCGACUUUAGUCUCAUUAGAUUGAUGUUUACUGUCUUAACUGCUAAUAUUGGUGGGUCCAUAGCACUGGACAAAAUUCAUUGUGAUCCCUUUUGUCUUUGUUUUCAAAAAAGGUUUGAUUAUUCUAGAUCCAUGAAAUUUCCAUCCUAUAGGUGUUUUACGUGCUUUAGCCAGCAUCAGUGCAACUUCCUGCGCGUAAAACGUCAUAAUUCUGAAUGAAGAUCCUUCAUCUUGGACGGCUGAUUUUAAACAGUUUAAAUUGUUCAUUCUGGUUAGCACUUUUUAGCAAGGUUGUUUUCUACAGGAUGGAGUUGCUGACCCCAUGCCCAACCCUCCUCCUUUACCCGGGCUAGAGACCGGCAGUAAUCUUAGAAGAGCUGUAGAUGUUGCUAAGUUAAACAUAUCCAUGUAAUUUUGUAAUCGGUAGUAGUCGAGAUGAUUAUUCAAUAACUUGUUGCGAAUGCUUGAGACAUUUUUGUACUUCAAUGAGAAUUCCCUCAGCACUGAGCCACAAACUAAUCAUUGCUUUUAAGACUCACAAGUUAAAGUGUUUUCCAGUCAAAUAUGCACAUUUAUCUGGUCCGAAUUAAACAUAUAUGAAUACUUAUUAUUGUCUAACACAAAUAAAUACCAAGUUUAUCGUUAAAAAAGUAAGCACAACAGCUUAGGUUUCAUCUCUAAUGUAAAUAAUUACUUCAAGUUACAUUAAGUUUUUAGACACUUUAUGGUUCAACUAUUUUAUUUGCUUUUACAAACCUAGGAAACAAUGGAAGAGAUUGACAAAAAUAAUGAUAGCUUCGUUGAUCUUGAUGAAUAUAUCAGUAAGUUUUCACUGUUGAUGUAUUUCUUCAGAUUUUUAUGUCGGAAAUAUUCGGUCUUCAAAACUUUAAUUGAAUUGUUAUUUUCAAACUCUAUUUUUGGCCAAACUACUGAUAGUAUAACUUUUAAGGUAGGCAGAAUAAGCCUGUUAAUGAGGUUGUAGAUGUCCAUUGAUUUAUAUGGUUAUGUCCUUUUCUAGGUAUUCUAAAUCAACAAGGCCUUUAUAAGUGAAGAACAUCCGUAGAUUGCUAGUAUCUGACUAUAAGUACCCUUAAAGCAUAUGACAGGACCACCUGUUACCUAACAAUAUGCACCCGGGCAGUAUCACAGCCCUCACACACAUAUCUAAUGAGAUUUGUGUGGCGCAUAUGUAUUUGUUACCUCCUUGUACCAAUAUCUAUGUGUUGAAAUAAAUAAUAAAUAAACUGAUUUAUGGAGUCUCUAUCUCUUGGUUUAAAUUGUGGUACAACUGGGUAGGAUCGCUAACAAAACCAGCGAUCGAAUACAAAUGCUGUGAAACUAUUCGAUCAAAUUUAGACGAAAGUUCUUACGUAUUGUCCACGGUUUAUUUCCUGAUUCUUAACUAUUUUACUGCCUGUUUCGACUGAUUGACAGACUAAUAUUGUGAUCAGUCGAGCUUAUCACGGGCUUUACCACUAAAAGUUUAUUCGUUAGUAAUAGCGGAACAAUUAGGUAUUUCUACUGUUAAUCAUCUUUAAUACUGAAGUUUUAUAUGGGCGGGUAGUCAACUAAAAUACUCGUUGAGUCUACAAAUUGUCGCAGAAGGUACAGAAACUAGUUGAGCACAUAAUGGGGCAAAAAAUCAUCCAGUUGAUUCUAAAAUGGGAAUAUUUAAGUCAAAAUUUAAUUUCAAGUAGAAUUAAUUCUCUCACACUGAUUAAAUACUUGAGGACUUUGGCCUUCAAGCAGUAUUUUUUCAUUCAUCUAACUACUGGUAAAUUAGCUUGAAGAGUUAGUGAAGUUUUACGCUACAUCAUUGAUUUUUUAUUGGUACUCUAUCUUUAUUCGAUGUUUAUUGGGAAUUUGUCUUGUAGAAGAUCUGUGGUCUCCGAAUUCACCUAAUGAAACGGAGCCUGAAUGGGUUAAAACUGAAAGAGAGGAAUUCGCCAAACGACGCGAUAUUAAUGGGGAUGGAAAACUGGAUCUAGAUGAGGUCGGCAAAUGGAUCGUACCUGAAGAUUAUAAUCAUGUCCAAGCAGAAGUAACCCAUUUAUUCUCAGAAUCAGAUGCAGAUCAGGUAGAGCUUAUGUUGAUUAUUGUGUCUUCUUAAUUUUUCGUAAAUAUGAUCUCAGAUAUGACUAGUGUCUUUAUAAUACUUGCCAGUUUUCCAUUGUAAGUUUUUGUUGCUAUUUAUAUCGAGAGACUUAAAAGGUAAGAUGGCUCUUAAUUGUUUUCCAUGCUAAUCGUAACCUUGUAUUUUCCAACCAAAAAAUUAGUUUAAUAUUGAACUCUGAAAAUUUCCGGAUCUAGAGAAGUAUUUUCAUUCGAAUAACAUAUGAUAAAUAGUAUGUUAUCCUUUUCGGGAAAGCCUUCUUUAUGCUAGUGUCAGCAAUAUAGACUUGUACAAUUAUGACCAUCCCGUCAUUUACAAUGGCUACCAACUAUCAUUUUGUGUAUGGGAUCACAUCGAUCUAAUUUGUUCUCGGUAGAGACGAAUUUUACUCAAACUUUUAUUUUGUCAAAUAUAUAUCGCAUAUUUUUUAAAUUUUCUGUUAAUAUUAUUUAGGAUGGAAAACUCAGCAAAAACGAAAUACUAAAUCGUUACGACUUAUUUGUUGGUAGCCAGGCAACCAAUUUUGGGGAAAUCCUAGUUGGUCAUGAUGAAUUAUAACAAUGUGAAAUCUGUCAGUGAAGUAAUCCGACAACCGACUGUCUGUUAAAUAUCUUAAGGAUCUUUUUCUUUUAAAAGUCUAACAUUUUCUUGGUUCAUAGUUUCUAUCAGUUAUUAUACGUUAUUACCUCUAUUGCACAAACAUCGUGAAUUCAUAUGUUCUUGUUAAUCAACACAAACUUUCAAAAACACUUGAUUAAUCAAAUGUGUCAAUAAAAUUUGUUGAAGGUCGUACAUUUUACAAGUGCCUAUUCUAGCGCUUAUUUUGUUUUUAUCUUACAAACAAUUUCGUCUAUAUUUUAUUCACUUGAGCUAUCCGUUUAUUUUCAUGUUUUAUACUUUUUAAUCGUUUAUUUGUAUAUGAAUCAAAAUAGUUUAUUUGCCAGUUUCAUUUUUAGUUGAUCUCUUUUGUGCGCAUGCUAAUCAUUAAUAUGUUUUGUAAUGUAUAAAAAUAUAUUAUUGCUUUACAUG